GCUGUUUCCUCACUUGGGCACCCACUGCAGACGUAAGUCGGCCUUCAGCUCAGGACUGUAUCUAUCUGCCAUCCCACUCUCCGCUGUCCUGUUCCUGGAGCCUGACAGCCAGCCAGCCAGCCAGCAAGAGGCAUCAACCGAACCUGAUUUCCUGCUCUUCCUUUUUACAAGUUUCUGUGGGUUCUGCAACUUCUGUUUGUACCCGGGAGAGCGGCCCUGCGAAGGACAGAAGAUGACCAUCCCAGUGCCAAAGCGAGGUGACCAGCUGCUGUUCAUCGGCAUCCUGACCCUGACGGCCACGGUCAUCUCCCUGCUGUUCUACGCUCUCCUCUGGAAGGGCGGCAACCUCACUGACUUGCCCCACCUGAGGCUGGGCUUCUACAACUUCUGCCUGUGGGACGAGGGCUCAGGCUCACUGCACUGCUACCAGUUCCCUGAGCUGGAGAAACUGGGGGUGUCUCAGAUCGCCAUGGGCCUGGCCAGGCUUGGCGUGUACGGGGCCCUCGUCCUCACCCUGUUUGUCCCCUUGCCUCUCGUCCUGGCCUGGUGCAAAAGUAAUAGGGGCGAGUGGCAGCUGGCGGUGGGCUUCCUGGCGGUGGCGUCCGUGCUGCUGGCCGGCGGCCUGGGCUGCUUCCUCACCUGCGUCUGGAAGUGGGUCAGCCUCUGCCUCCUGGGCUCCGGCUUUCUGGCUCUGAGCAUCGCCCAGGUCUUACUCCUCCUCCUGCUUAUGGCCACAGCUGUUUUCCCUCAGAAGGCAUUGAAGGACAAGAACAAGCCUGAGAGCUGGUCUUGUCUAAAGGCCUGAUAGCAAGCGCUGCUCAGAGAAGGUGCCAGAGAAUUCACGGGCUAGUGUCUUCUCAGCCGUCUGUUUCGUAGCUAAUGCUGAUUUCAGCCUCUAGCAUUUCAGCUGAUUUCAUAGCUAAUGCUGAUUUCAGCCCCCACCGGAGGGGGCAGGGCAUCCUGGUGUCAAGGAGGCUAAGGCAGCAAGGUCAGGACACCUGCAGCUUCUUAGUGCAGGGUUGUCCUUUGGGACUUCUGAGGCUCCCAAGGACACUCUAAAACCACAUAGCUCAUUGUCAUGAAAAUUCCUGCUUUAAUUAACUGUUCCGAGCAAGCCAUUGUUACUAUAGUCUCAGGAUCGGGGGAUGAAGAUUCCUAUCACCGGGCCAGAUUUCCAGCAGGAGCAGCCAAAUGCCAAACCGAAGCCCAGUGAAGGUUAGUGGCAACAAAUGGCGAACAGAGAGGAAGUGCACCUCAAUGUCCUCGGAACCCUGGUUAGCACGCUGCCCCUCUCCGUCCCUGGUGGGUGGGAUGAGCCCCUCCUGUGUCACCACUCCAAAGGCCCAGGAGGGAUCGCCAAGGGAGUCAGUGAAGACAGGACACGUGGCGGCUGCAGGUUCCCUGAAUAAGGCCCCUGAACUUGAAACCUGACAGCACAGGGGAGUCAGCGGGCAAAUCAUUCCUAAAGUGGGACCUGGAAGUUCGGAAGCACACACCAAAUGCUAGGCAGGGAGGAAGGUGAACAGGCCUGAAAGUUGCCACAUACACACCAUCGCUGCGCCCCUCCACUGCUCAGCCCAGAAUUAGAAAGGAGAUAAACACAACCUGUGUAUUGGGACUUCUGUGUAUUUUGUCAGCACCUGUGUAUUGGAAAACCUAUACAGCAAACGGUCAGUUCAUUGUAUGCCUGUCAAGAGCCACGCGGCAAUAAAGACAGAAAUAUAGA